AUGUCAUUUGGAAAUGAACCCGGCAGCCUACAGUUGAGCAAUGAAGAAUUGCAAAAAAUGCUGCUCAAAAUGUCCAGUGAUGACCGUGAUGAACUUACAGGAAAAUUGAGGCAAUGUACUCAAGAGAUGACCAUGACACGUGGAAUACCGAUCACUGCUGCUGUACUUGGAUCCUUAUACUAUGCACGUACACGGCUUCCUCCGCAGUACCAUUUUGGCCCAAAAGGUUGGCCAUUUUAUGCUUUUGUGGGAGUCGCUACACUGACAACUGUCAACGUUUUCUCAAUGGGAACUUGUCGCGAUCGGGUUCAACCACUCGUUGAAAAAUUCUAUAAGAAGUAUAACAUUGGCCAGUCCACUAACAGUUACGACGCUAUCAGACAGCGUCAUCGCGAGGAGUACGGAUAUCCUGCUCCUGAUAAUACAGGUCACGCUCAGGCUCAGCAGUCUAAGAGAUAUGGUGACAUGCAGGCUCCAAGAAGAUAUGGAGACAUGCAAGCUCCUACGGGAUAUGGUGACAUGCAGGCUCCUACGGGAUAUGGUGACAUGCAGGCUCCUACGGGAUAUGGUGACAUGCAGGCACAAGCUGAUCGCGCCUAUGUGAGUUAA